AUGGCCAGCCCACCUCCUUCCUACGGCGACACCCCUCCCCUCCAAAGUUACCGCAGGUCCUUUACUGCUCCUUCACGCGCACUCUCCCUACAUGAAAGAGCUGGACUGGACAAGUCAGACGCCGAUGCUGAUCUCCUGUACUCUCACCCCUCUGCGCGCAUCAUCGCCUUCUCCCCUCCUAGAGAGUCAAUUCCCACGCAGAGCAAGGAGACACUCCCCGAUGCCGACUACCCUAUUGACGCGGUAGAAACCCUGCCAUGGCGAUCGCGCUCGGAGAUUCUGGCUGCCACCGGUCCUAUAGUCAUAGAGAAGGUCCGUGGCUCGAGCUAUUUUCUGAAAUCCGCCGACCAGAAGGUCAUCCACACCAUCAUGCGCAACUCACAGUGUUGGUGUGUCGACGGAGAAUCCAAAUUCGUCUUGCGCAUAGGAAAAUUCAGGUACUACAGAAUUGAGUUGCCCUCAGAGACGGAAGAGGACAAGAAAAAGGUUGAGGAAUUAAAAGCGGCCCUGCCGAAAGUACUCCGGUUUGAGAGGACGCCAUGUCCCUUCAAGCGUGCAUUUCACGUGGAUCUCCCAGAGGAUGCAAUAACGCCUCGAAGGAAGGGAACCUGGAAACGAAGACAACAACCAGAACCAGCAACGCCGAGUACAGACCCACUGCCUGUGGGCAGGACAAAAACUUCACGGGCGUGGAGCUUUCAAGGACAGAACGGCUUAAGGUCCGUCCAGACUUAUGGGCGUCGUGGCUCAGAUUAUGGCUACAGCCCAAGUCCAAGCUCGUCCCGAUCACGGCCCGGAGCUGAUGGCUACCGAUCCUCCACCCCGUCUAGUGUGGCUUCUGGUGAGGACCCUCGCGAGAGAAGACAUGAUGACGAGUCUAGUGAGGAUGGUUCGCAGCACGAGGAAGAGCCCGAGGAGGUCCUUCCCAGGCGAGGGCUUGUUCGAACCACAGUCGAUGCUUCGCGUUCCCGGCGAUCCUCCAUUGUCGAAACUGAACAAGCCGAUCCGAACCUAUCUGUAUCCGAGGUUGAAGCUAGUCGAAUAAAAGAGUUGGAGGAUGCGUCUCUUGCACAGCCUGCUCAUUCUUCACCAGCCGGGGCUGAGACAGAAGCUAUUAUUGAGAUGACGCCAAUGUCGGUACAAGCCCAGGAAGCUGAUGUGGAAAACAUAUCGGGCGAGACAAAUGCGCCAGAGCCAGCAGAGGAGAACUUGGAAACCGAGGCUCCUCAAGAGAACAUCUGCCCAGCUGUGCGUCAUGCGGAAGGGCAGCCAGCGGAGCACCAUGAGGAUGAAAAGGCAGCUUCUGAGAUAUCAGAAGAAGCGGCCGCAACGUCUACGUCCACUGAGACCGAAUCUGAGCCGAUUCUCUCCCAGGCUAUUGAGCCAUCGGCCGACGAUGCAGGUGUCGAGACCAUGAUAGAGCCACCCUCAAUAGGCGAUAUAGGGGACUCCGAAAUAUCCUCGUCGUUACACCGUGGAGCGGAUCUCGACGCUCAUGAAGCGGCCGCCGGCGCCCCAAAGGAAGGUACUCUUAGCAGGGUCUCGAGUGUGGAUUCCUUUCACACGACUGAUUCUCUAGCGCAAGAACCGCUCAGUGAAGAUGUCCAGAUAAUCGAUUUUGAACAACGCCCUCAGCCCGAAGGAUUUACUCCUUUCUUUCUGAAUAGGCAUCAGCAUCAAAGAGGUCUUUCUGAGCUGACCGUCACGGCCUCCACCGUGGAAUCCGAACAAAGUCCUAUCAAAAGGCCUUCUACAGGCGACUCAAUGGACAAGGUUUCGACUCCAGGUCUCGCGCAAUCUUCCAUGUCAGAUUCGUCCUGGCCGGAGGUUCAUACGCCUCCGACGUCGCCGAUUAAAGACGGAUUGAGACGGCGUUUGCACGCCAAACGAUCCUUUUCGCCGCUCCCGCCAUCCACCACUCUGUUAUCGCCUUCCUCGUCUCAAACAAAUUAUGGAAGUCCUUUUACUGCCGACUUCCUCCAAAAAGCCGCCAAUGUUGCAUUCGUCAAACCUAUCGAGGCCGUUGUUCUGCUAGUGCAUAUUCUGGCUCGGAUAGCUGGUGGUGCCACCGUGAGUGACUUGCUGAGUGGCGAGUUGUUUCGCCGACCGGAAACCCACCGGCGGAGGACGAGCUUCCCAGACCAGCCUUCAGCGCCAAGGGAUGAUAGUGAGGAAGAGGACGACUUUGGAGUGCCAAUCAGGGGGCGAACGAAAAGUCAAGACCCAGGCAUGAAGCCUGCUGCAGCAAACACUGUGGCGACGAAAGAGGACGAUGCAGACUCCAUCUUUGAUCUGGAUUAG